AUGACUGGCUCCAUCUAUCUUGGUAUUGUCGGCGUCGGUGGCGUUGGUAAAUCAUUGUUGGAACAGCUUGCAAAGAUUCCAAAUGCACCUCAGCUGGUUCUACUUUCUCGUUCGUCAAAGACUCUGUUAGCGCCAACUCCAUCAUACUCGCCAACGAUUCCCUUUGUGGAUUGGACAACUGCUGUCGACACGCCCUCGAUAAUAACAGUCGACGCGUUGCAGCCAGAAGAGAUAGCGAGCUACCUUUCUUCAGUCCCUGGCCGUGCUGUUCUAAUUGACAAUACUUCCAACCUGGUCUUGGCACAGGCAUAUCCCAUAUUUCUGAAACAAGGGAUAUCCAUCGUGACUCCCAACAAAAAGGGCUUUUCAGACGACAUUUCUCUAUGGAAUGAUAUUAUUGCCUCUGCGAAAAAAGGGAACGCAUUGGUAUACCACCAGGCAACGGUCGGAGGGAGUUUACCGAUCUUAUCAACACUUCGCGACCUGAUAGCAACGGGCGAUGAAAUCGUGAAAAUAGAAGGCGUUCUGUCCGGAACGUUAUCACUCCUUUUUGACACAUACAUGCCCGCUAUCGGAACAGCAAAUGCCACUUGGAGUUCACUUGUCGCACAUGCCCUGGAAAUAGGAUUCAUGGAACCCGACCCGCGAGAUGACUUGAACGGAAUGGAUUUUGCUCGAAAACUUACCAUUCUCGCUCGAGUCGUGGGUCUUCAAGUGGCUGGGCCGGACGCGUUCCCGGUCGAGUCACUGAUUCCUGCUGAACUAGAGUCACUUCCGUCGUCGGCGGAUGGAAUCUCCCGAUCUAUGGAAAAAUUACCGCAGUUCGAUGAGCUGAUGGCGGUAGCCAAAGAUGAGGCUAGAACAGAAGGGAAAGUACUACGCUAUAUCGGCAGUAUCGAUGUAUGUAGUCAGAAGAUCAAAGUUGGGCUACAACACCUUGAAAGGGAGAACCCAAUCGCAAAUCUCAAGGGGAGUCAAAUAGUCAGUAUCUAUACCAAGCGGUAUGGAACCAACCCAUUGGUCUUGAAGGGUGGGGGUGGUGGGGGUGAAGUCACUGCGAUGUGUGUGAUGGCUGAUCUGUUGAAGGUGAUGGAACGGUUGAAAUAA